AAAAGAUAUUGGUUGCGGAGUUGUCCUCUUGCUGGAAGCUCCGAAGGAAAACCAGAGGCCAACACGGAAGUAAAUACUCGGGCGGACAGCAGGUGAGUGGAUAGAGCCGAUUCCCGUCUUCCUCAGCCGGAGAACCCAACAAUGGCGGCCAAGGGAGCUUUCCUCAACCACAUCUCCAGAGAAUCAUCAGACAUCAACCGCCUCGCCGAAUUCUACAAAGAGAUUCUGGGGUUCGAGCAGAUAGAGAGCCCGAACUUCGGGGAGUUCAAGGUGAUAUGGCUGAGCCUGCCUUCGGCGGGGGUGGCUAUCCACCUCAUCGAGAGGCUGCCGGAGAGCAGGCUCCCCGAGGGCCCCUACAGCGCCGCGCCACCCACCACCAGGGACCCCAAGUACCUCCCCAGGGGCCACCAUCUCUGCUUCUCUGUCUCCAAUUUCGACUCUUUCGUCCGUACUCUCCAGGAAAAAGGAAUUGAAACAUUUCAGAGGGCCUUACCCGAUGGGACAGUGAAGCAAAUCUUCUUCUUUGAUCCUGAUGGCAAUGGGCUGGAGGUUGCAAGCAGAGAAGAUUCCUAGAUAUCAUCAAAUCUAAAUUUUCGACUUCAGUGUUAUUAGCGGAUAUCUCUCACGGAUUACCAUGUUAAGAAGGCAGCAGAAACCGGCAGCUUUAAAUGCCUGAUAAUAAGUAUAGAUUGAUGAUGGUUAUUAUGCCGUUAUUAUCACUGUUGUUUAUUAUUGCCAUCGAGAGCCAUUCGUUGGGCUGCUA